GAAGACAAACGUUUGGCGGGCGUGUGGAAAAGGUAAGCAAGAAUUAAUUCCCAUCUUUCUAAAUAGAAACAAAAUACUAAACAUAAAUGUCACCUGCUGUUUAGUCACGUUAUUUUGGUUUAAGCUAUUUCUUGUAUUUUUAAUCACACUUAAAAAACCGACGGUUAUAUGCGCGUGCUUAAUCUGCGGUUCGGUUCUGGUUUCGGUCUGUUCUCAUGAGUUGUGAAGCGAGAGGAACAAAGUAUAAAUAUUGUUCAUUUGAUAAAUUAAGUAUCAUGAAUUUUAAUUGAAUCUAUCUCUAUAUUUUUUCACAGGAGUUUGUGAGUGAAAGUGUCCUGUCUGCAUCUGACUUCAGGAGUUUCCUGACCAACCGUCUCUAACGGUCGUAUUUAAAAGUCGGACAGUUAUAAAGUACAAAACGCUUCUGUUGGUGUUUUUUUUUUUUUUUUCUAUGAUUGAUACUUAUUUGUGGUGUUUUAUGUUUUGUACAUCUUUUCAAAUUGAGACCUCAUUUGUUGCUGCUGGUGUAAAACAUUAAAUAUAAAAUAAAAAUCUCUGUUUUAUUCCGUUUGUCUGCUUCCUUUCUUCACAGAAUUCUGUUGACCAUGGUUAAUUAUAAUUAACCGAGGGUAUUUAAUUAAAAUGAUGGGAGGGAGUGUUUUAAAAAAAUGACGUCUAUCCGACAUGAAUCAGACCUUUGGCAGAUGUAUGAACAUCUGAUUAACAUCGUCUAAAGAGCGGAUCAGGGAUGUUUUAAUUUAUUUACGUCUUAAAUACGUAGGCUAAGCAAACGCCCUCUGCCAGACAUCUGCCAGAUGAAAAAGAUGGCGUCGCAUAGACGUCUCCGCGACUAUCUGGUCAAGGAUUCAGUUUAAAAAAGGAGUUUUCGAAAUGACUGACAGCUUUAAAGGUUAUAAAAGUUUCAUUCGUUAUUCAAUUUGUGUUUCAUUCUCACUUUAAAGAAGAGAUUUAUUUUUUGAUUAGACUUUGCGGCUUCACAUACAUGCUUUGGUACGAAGGGUCAAUUUUUUUCUAAAUGCCAUAAUAAUAAGUUGAUGAUUUGUGUGCGUAUCUGUGUGUGAGAGCGAGAGUAAGAGACUGUUGCGUAGUCAUGCAAAACUACACUACUAUUAAAUAAUUUUUUUUCAUUACUAAAGUUUAUGUAGAUUUUUAUUAUACUCUUAUUAUCCUCCCCAUAUGAAAGCCAUGGAAAGGAUCACAUGGGAGAGGGUUCAGCUGAGGUAGCGAGAGAAUCUGAUGUUCAGAACUUCACUGUCCUUAAUUUGCCAGCUGUAAUCCAACAUUGGGUGAAAAAUUUAUUACUUGUAAUCUGGAUUGAUAAUUGCGAUUUGACAGUUGCAUGUUUAAAUGCAUGUUUUUUGUUUUGAUGGCUCCAAGUUGAUUUAAUGAGGCUUAUAUUUUGUUAAGAAAACUGUUCUUUAAAAUUGUACAUAUUUUGCAAUCACUUUGUGGGGUUAAUUAAAGUCCCAGCAGGACUAAUUAUUUGUUGAAUAUAAAUGAAUGAAUGAACGAAUAAAUAUGACAUCUCUGAUUAAACCUGUAGAAGAAGACUUCUCCAGUAGGUGUCGCUGUGAGCGUUUCGGUCUCGUUCCUCCACACAUUCCCAGAAGCAGAAGAAGCCGUGCUGCAGUGUUGCUGAUUGAUGAGCUGAGCUCUCCGACUCUACUAAUCAUCUUUACAUUCCAAUAUUUCUGACAGGGUUUUACCCCCACAGUUCCAUCUGAUCCGUUGUGGGUGUAUUUGAGGUGGUUAACUGCGUUCUGCUGUAAAGCUCAAGGUGCGAAAAAGCCCUAUUAAGGAGGAAGAUGAGUGUGUUCCACUCCAGUGCCAGCCUGGUAGACAAGCUGAAGUGGGUCCAUUGAUGGGCUCACCAGAGGUCGGACAUGGUCCUCUCUCCUACGUGGCAUAAAUUUAUCUCUUCAAAAAGAUCAAGAGUAAGAUGAAGUCAAACAGGAUUAAAUGUGAGAGUCCCGAGUCCAUAGAGAGUUCCAGCAGUCAGCAACGCUCAUCUUUCAAACGAAAGCAAAAAGCACUUAAACUCUGCUUACAUUGUGGAAAGGGUUUCGCUCAGAUGAGCACACUUCGAGAGCACCAGCGCACGCACACUGGAGAGAAACCGUAUCUAUGCUCAGACUGCGGAAAAAGUUUCAGACAAAGGAGCACGCUCAUUAAACACCAGUACAUUCACACUGGAAAGAAGCCCUACCAGUGCUCAGAGUGCGGAACCGGUUUCGUUCAAAAGAGUCAUCUAAUUAAACACCAGCGCAUUCAUACAGGAGAGAAGCCGUACCAGUGCUCAGAGUGCGAGAUGCGUUUUAUCGAGAGUGGUAAUCUCAUGAAACACCUGCGAGUCCACACAGGAGAAAGACCGUAUCCAUGCUCAGAGUGCGGGAAGGAUUUCCCCAGGCUAAGCAAUCUCCGGCGACACCAGCGCAUUCACAUGGGAGAGAAGCCAUAUCUGUGUUCAUACUGCGGAAAGAGUUUUAUUGAGAAGAGUAAGCUGUUAAAACACCAGCGUGUUCACACUGGAGAAAAGCCCUACCCCUGCUUAAACUGUGGGAGGGGUUUUACAGAGAAGAGGACUCUACAGCACCACCAGCUGAUCCAUAGCGGAGACAAACCCUACCAGUGCUCAGAGUGCGGGAAGUGUUUCAGAGAAAAGAACGCUCUCCGAGUGCACCAGCACAUCCACACGGGGCAAAAGCCUUAUUUUUGCCCUCAGUGCAGGAAAGGUUUUACCACUCACCGAAGUUUCCAGCAACAUGAGCGCAUUCACACGGGAGAGAAACCAUACGAGUGCUUGCAGUGCGGAAAGAGUUUUAAUAGUCCGAGUACUUUAAGAGAACACAAGCGCAUUCACACAGGAGAGAAGCCGUAUCAGUGCUCCGAGUGUGGGAAAAGUUUUGUAAGAAGAAGUUACUUGCAGAGACACAAACACACUCCUGUGGCUGAGAUGGUGAACAGUUCUCAGCAGGAAUUCUACAAGAACAUCACAAGUAGGAUGAAGUCAGACGGGAUUGAAGGGGAGAGUCCAGAGUCCACAGAGAGCUCCAGGAGUCAGCAACGCUCAUCUUUCAAGCAAAAGCAAAAAGCAUGUAUCCUCUGCUCACAUUGUGGAAAGAUUUUUACUAAUAUGAGUAGUUUCAAACAGCACCAGCGCACGCAUACCGGAGAAAAACCAUAUCAGUGCUCGCACUGCGGGAAAAGUUUCAGUUUCAGGGGAACGCUCAAUAAACACCAGUACAUUCACACUGGAGAGAAGCCAUACAAGUGCUCACACUGCGGGAAAGGUUUCAGACAGAGGAGCACGCUCAAUAAACACCAGCGCAUUCACACUGGAGAGGAGCCUUACAAGUGCUCAGAGUGCGAGAUGAGUUUUAAACGAAAGGAUCAACUAAUAAAACACAAGCGCAUUCACACAGGAGAGAAGCCAUACCAGUGCUCAGAGUGCGAGAUGCAUUUUAUCGAGAACCGUAAUCUUGUACAACACAUGCGAGUCCACACAGGAGAAAAGCCGUAUCACUGUUCAGAGUGCGGGAGGGCCUUCUCCAGGCCAAGAUGUCUCAAGCAACACCAGCGCAUGCACUUGGGAGAGAAGCCGUAUCAGUGUUCAUGUUGUGGAAAGAGUUUUAGUGAGAAGAGUAAGCUGUUAAAACACCAGCGUGUUCACACUGGUGAGAAGCCAUAUCUCUGCUUAAACUGUGGGAAGAGUUUCGCAGCCAGGGGGACUCUACUGCAACACCAGCUGGUUCAUAGUGGAGACAAACCCUACAAGUGCUCAGAGUGCGGGAAGUGUUUUAGAGACAGGAACGCUCUUCGAGUGCACCAACACAUCCACACGGGGCAAAAGCCUUAUUACUGCCAUCAGUGCGGGAAAAGUUUUACCACUCACAAAAGUUUCAAGCAACAUGAGCGCAUUCACACGGGAGAAAAACCAUACGAGUGCUCGCAGUGCGGAAAGAGUUUUACUAUUCAGAGUAAUCUCAGAAAACACAAGCGGAUUCACACAGGAGAGAAGCCGUAUCAGUGCUCCGAGUGUGGGAAGAGUUUUAGUUUCAGUAAUAGAAGAAAUCUCAAGACGCAUGAGGUCGUUCACACCGGAGAGAAGCCGUAUCACUGCUUAGACUGCGGGAAGAGUUUCACACAGAAGGGUAAUCUCCAGCAGCACCAGCGCAUUCAUACAGGACAGAAGCUGUAUUGUUGCUCAGAAUGUGGGAGGAGUUUUACCCAGAGGGGUACGCUUCACCAACACCAGCGUGUUCACACUGGAGAGAAGCCGUAUCAGUGCUCACAGUGUGGGCAAGGUUUCGCUGCGAGUAGUAGUCUCAUGAGACAUAAGCGUAUUCACGAGGGAGAGGAGCGCUAUCAGUGCUCAGAGUGUGAAAAAAGUUUCACCAUCAUCAGUAAUCUGAUACGACACCAGCGCGUUCACACUGGAGAGAAACCGUAUGAAUGCUCACAGUGCGGAAAAGGUUUUACCGACAACAGAAAUCUGACGAAACAUCAGCGGAUUCACACAGCAGAGAAACUGUAUCGCUGUGAGGAGUGUGGGAAGACGUGUAAAAGAAAAGACAAUCUCCAAGUCCAUCAACGCAUUCACACAGGAGCCAAACCCUAUUACUGCACAGAGUGUGGGAGAAGUUUUGGUAACCUAGGCAACCUCAAACAACACCAGCUUGUUCAUACAAGAGAGAAGCCCUAUGAGUGCACGAACCAAGAGGGAGAGUUUCAUCUCUAGCAUUCUGACAGGGGAAAAGUGCAAGAUCAAUACAGAUUCAUUCACACAGUUAAAAAUAAGGACAAGCUGAAGUUUCAUACACAGAGACUGUGAAUAGUGGCUGUUUAAAUGCUUAUUACGGGCCACCUUGUGCAAUUAUAAAAAUGAUUUUGUGCAAUAAUUUAAGAAAUUAUGAAUUUAAAUAAAUUAUAAAAAUGUAUUCAUUUUAGUACAUUUUAAUGUAAUGCAUGUACAUUUGGUAACAGUUCCUUGUAUAUUUCUAAUAAAUAAUAUAUGUUGUUUUCCCUGAUGUUAGGACAUGUACCAAAAUAUGUAAAGUCACUUGCAUUAAUGAUUGAUAUUUUGUUGUUUCCUUUCUAACAUUUGACAUGUUUAGUAUUUCCAGUAUUGUUAACAAAUUCUAAUGUUAAUUUGUCUCACACACGCACACACAACUAUACACAGUACAACAUGCAGUGCAAUGCUUCUUACAGCUGUCUUGACCAAAGACAAAGUAUGGAUGAGAAUGACACAAAUAUUAAUAUUCACAAAGUCUGCUGCUUCAGGAUUCAGUUUAAACUUUUUAUAUUUGUUUUUAGUGCAGUUAAUGGCCUGGCACCUUCUUACUUGUGUGAGACAGUAAGUUUCUACCAACAUAGAGCUUUACGUUCUGCUGAUCAAAACCACUAGUGGUCUUUCAGUUGAGGCCGGUGUUCUGUCGAUUUAUGCUGCCUUGUCGAAAAAUGCAACCAUAGCACAAAUCGAUAGCAGAGCCUAUCGAUUUAUGCUACCGCAUCACUACAACAACACUGUGGACGUUCAGUGUUAUUAGAAGAGCUGUUUGUGUUUUUUGGCAUUAUCAUAAAUUUAAUCAAAAACGCAUGUUAUCACGUGCGUAAGCAUUUAUGCAUGAACUACUCUGUGUACUGAAUAGUGCUGCACACAUAUGAUAACCACAAGAUAUUUAAGUAUACAAAAAGAUGUAAACGUAGGUGUUUAAAUUUUAGACCCUGAACCAUUUUUUUCUUUCCUCAACCUUAUGGCUCAUUCAUGACAAUUUAUGCAGAAACUCAAAUGUUUCAGUAAAAUUAAGCAAAGAAAAACGGUUUAAACUCACCGUCAACCGAAGUCUCAGCACCAAGGUAGUAUGAAUUUAUGGCAGUGGAGAUAGAGUGUAAACUUGUGGGACUGCGCAUUCGCAGAUCCGGUAGUUAGCACAACUCGAUGGGUAGCAUGUUUCGAUGGAACACCGGUCCUAAACUCUUAAACUCCUAAACCAUUCCUCCUGAGUUACAUUAUAUUACUGAUCUGCCUCUGUUUAAAGCAAAACUUAAAACUCAUUUAUUUUGAUUUUUAAAAAAAUGUAUGCGCCACUUUUUCUUUUGUCAUUUAUUUUAAUGCUGUGAAGCACUUUGGUUCAACUAAGGUUGCUGUAAGGUGCUAUAUAAAUAAAUGUUGAGUUGAGUUCAGUCUGUCCCUGAUGUUUUUCCUAGAGAGAAGUGUGGGUUUUUUGCUGCCCUUCUUGAAC